UUAUCCGUUCAUCUCAGAGCAGCCGGCUGCUAAAAGAGAGGAGCUAGGAAUCCGAGGAAGCAAGGAGAGCUUGCUAGCUCAAGGCAAGGCAGCAGGUAGUUUCAUGGGGAACUGCACCGCGUCGCAGCGUGCGGUGGAGUCGUGGGCCGACAACGGCGAGUGGUGGGAGGAGGAGGCGUCGUCCUCGGAGGAGGGCGACCACCACCACCACCAUGAGAGGCGGGAGGAGCACGCGUCGGAGGUGACCAUCAGGAUCACCAGGAGGCAGCUGCACGAGCUGAUGGAGAAGAGGGGCAGCGCCAGCGGCCAUGGCUUGCAGCUGCAGGGGUUGGGCAGCCGGCGGUCGACGGAGCAGCUGCUGGCGGACAUCAUGAACUCCGGGGAGGUGCACCACCACAGGGAGGAGCACUGGCACUGGAAGCCCGCGCUGCAGAGCAUCCCCGAGGCCGUGGAGUCAUGACGCCGGAGAACUCGAUCGAUCUCGGUCGUGAUUACUGGUGGUUCAGAAAUUCUUUUGCCACUUCUCCAAUCUCCGCCAAGUCGUCUUCUUCGUUCUUAUCGUUGGUUUGACCGUGUUCGGUGUCAAACUGCAGUCACUAAUCUGUGUAGAUAUCGGUUUUCUAGAUGUACAUAGGGAAACUGUGAAUUCAAUAUCAGCUGUAGGAAAAGAAUCUGUGAAAAGGCCAAUUCCUCAAGUUC